AUGACACGGUCUUCGGCCUUCCUGGCCGGGAGAGCGCAGAUGCGCAUCGUCGUGAUCACAGCAAUUUUGAUAUCGCUUCUGUUAUUGAGCUACACAACGUCGCCGAUCAUUGUCAAGCACGUCGAUCCCUGGAUCACUUACGAACCGACCAUACAUGAUGCCGAUCCUACCGACUCUUGCUCUGAACGAUUCGGACUGGGCUAUCUUCGCCGACUCGGCGAGAACGCCGUUGAACAUUGUUCCAGCAAUUCUACAUCCCGCUUUAGCUGCUUCUCGUAUACGACACGCGAUGACCGCAUCGAUUCGUUUUGCUAUGGUUCGCCGGCAAUGAUCGAGGAUGGCCGUGUUGGUCUUGCAUGCGACGCUCGUGACUGGGACGAAGAGCCCAUCGACGGUGAGGUUCAGCAUCUCGAGUCCAUGGAGGAGUACUGGUACAACACUGGCGUGCGCCCUGUGCUCAACGGCGCCGUCGAUCUCCACCGACCGGAUCUCCCUGUCACCUCAGAUGCUCCGCCGCGAACCUACCUUUUGGUACAGCGAGAGGGCACCGUCGCUAAUCUCUGGCAUACGCUUAUGCAGGUCAUGUCGCUCGGGUUGUCGAUCGAUAUUCUGCGCAAUACGUCGGACCCGAAGACUGGUGCGGCUUACCUCUCUUCAGCAGAUCUUAAAAACACCCAAAUCUUGAUCACCGACGACCAUGCUGAGGGGCCUUUCUGGAAUAUCUGGCAAAUGUACGCAGACUUGCCCAUGCUCCGGCUCCGGAACAUCUCAAGCGAUUUGACCGAGAGCAAGAUGGUCAUUCCCCUGCCUGGCGCGAGUAAUACUCUUUGGGAAGGCGACUGGACCGAACUCACCUGUGAGCGAUCCGCUCUUCUGAACGGCUUUGUCCGUCGCGUGCUCAAUUUCUAUCACCUCGGAGACGAGCCGGCCAAGUCACCAACAUUGCGGCUCACCUUCAUUGACCGACAGGGAUCGCGCAAGUUACAGCACCAGGCUGUACACUUUUCCAAUCUCCAGUCGGCCUUCCCAGACGUCGAGAUUCAGUUGGUCGACUUCGCCAACAUCACCUUCGCGGAACAACUGCAGCUGAUUCGCAAAACGGACAUCCUGGUCGGCGUCCACGGUGCAGGCUUGACUCAUGAGUUCUUUUUGCCGAUCAAUUCCACAGUGGUGGAAAUCCAGCCGCCGGACAUGAACCAUCGCGGCUUUUUCAAUAUGGCUACUUUCCUCGGCCACGAGUAUUUCCGGGUCGCUGGCCACGACUUUGAGUAUGAAGGUCGGAAGGGUGAUUGGCACGACGACGAUAUUGCGGUCGAUGAAAACUGGCUCUUGGAUGCUGUAGAAGCGGCCAUUGCCGCGACGCGCCGAUUGAGGUCUUGA